AUGCCAGUGGUUUCCAAGGGCAUCUCGGAAUUUGUGCAGCUAGGUGUCUCAAGUCGCAUUCUUCUGAUUCCAUGUAAGAUUCGAGCUGCCCCUCCUUUUAUGUCAAGUCCUUGUGCGUGUGUGUGCGCGCCCACCACCACCAAAACCACCACCACCACCACCACCACCACCACCACCGCCACCACCACCACCACCACCAUCACCCCACCAGAAAUCAACAUUCACACACCUCAUGCACCCAACUGCCACCUCCCACGCAAGUGGGAAGUGUGCAUCUCGACUCGGUCCCCAUGCGGCUUCGUCUGCAUGGGUGACUUGUGUCCGAGACUAUCCCGACACGUCAAGUGUCGAGGAUAGGAAGGUUGCUGUUCGACACCCGCUCUCGGCUCACGCAGUUCGUCACGUUGUGUGUGUGUGUGUGUUGUGUGGAGUGGCGGACUGAUUGGCUGGGCGGCGGGCUGAAACAGCACCUUCCACGGUCCUCUCACGCAAGUGGGAGACACGCCGUUUGUGUGUAUGGGGGGCCAGGUCGUGCUGUGGCGCGCGCAGGCAUGGUCAGUCGACCGUGUCAGCCACCGCGCCCAUUUCCCGCUCCAGUCUGCUGACCGGCUCGGACAGCGGCUGGGGUGUGGGAGUGGGAAGGGAGAGUGAGGUCGACGACUCAGCGCACUUUCUCCUCACUAUAAUCAAUCUGACGCGCUUGAAGCUAUCACGGUGCGCUAAAAGCCGUGGCUUGGAAGGUUGCCAACUGACGGGGUACCUUGGACCUCCUCCUUGACCGGAGGCGGUCUGAGAGUCAGGCUGCAAUGGCUCCUUUUUAAUGUGGCCUUUAUGGCACUCCCAUCACAGUGUGGGAUCCGAGCCAGGCGUUGGCGGCACGCCCAGGUGCGGCCUCGGCCGUGCCAGCCUCCAAAUCGCUGUUGUGUUGGUUGAAAUCCUGGUUAUUGUUGUGUGGACCAGGGGGUGUGGUGGAACGCCAAGUGAGCAUCCGUCCGAACUAUCCACCUGCGGCCUCCCUCGCCUCCGGUCUUCUUGACUCUGUCUUGACACCGGGUCCAGGCGGGGGAGGAGGAGAGAGUGUAGGUAGAUGCAGCGCAAGUCUACCGGCACUAUAAACCCCUGCACAAGUCACCGUCCCUGCUCCCACCGCUGCUGCAACUGUGGGGCACACGGUGGACAUUAUCAAAAUCGAUGGUCGAACUGUCGUGUGUUUGAGAGGCCAGGUCGUGUAUGUGGCGGACACAGACGGGCUCUUUGGUUCUGUCAGCUACCGAACCCACUCCGGGCGUUAGAAACUGACCGGCUCGGAGAGUGGACGGGGAUCUCAGAGUGGGGAGAGAGAGUGAUGUCACCGGUCUUAGCUCAUGUUUUUCACUAUAAACAAUCUGAUAAGCUUUUAAAUUAACAGGAUGCGCUAAAAGUUCUUGCUGAAAAGAUUACCAACUGAUAGGACGCGAAGUCAGACUGCAGAGACUCAUUCUUUAUGUAGACUUUAUGGCACUCUCACUCAGCUUGGGUCCGAUUCAUCACCCUUUUUGCUGUUGUGUCAAAUCCAGGGGCGUGAUGGCCCGCUCACGCACAGAUUCACGCCGCGCCCGUCAUCAGCAUCCUUUCCUGUCUUCGGUCUUCUUGACUCUGUCAUGACAUCGGGCUCAGGUAGUUGAGGAGUAGAAAGUGCGGCUGAUGUGGCACAAGUCUGUCACCACUAUAAACGAAGUCACGCGCAUGUCACUGUCACUCAUCGUGCUGUAGAGUUGGGAAACACCGGCCCAACUGUCAUCUAAGAUCACCGGAGACAGAUUCCAACGCAGAUGCUUGCAUGUUAGAGAAUAUAAAUGAUCGUUAGCUAUGUUGCUGUUGUUCUCAUGGAUAAUAUCAGUGUAACUGACAUUCGAUAGAGCAGAAUGCUUGAAGUUUGUCGUCAUCUAGGAGAAAACACUAAAGCACUCAUUACACAGCAUGUCCUGGUUCCAACAGAAGUGCGCAAAGGGCAACAGACUAGUUGUCUGCAUCUUAUCUUCGCAAAAGAUCCUGGCAUCAUACACCAUGUAUGUUGCCUGCCUCCUCUCGGUCGUUCUGAUUAUGCAGUACUUCUAUAAGAGCGUUGUCUAUACGAUUUACCAUAUGCGAUAAAAGAAAUGGGGCCAAAUAUACGACAAGGAGACUCUUGCCCAAUAAGAUUCGCGGCAUUACAAAUAGACUGGGUGUCCUCCUCUUCGAUAAAUGUGUAGGGCUCACCGGAUCGGAGGAUUUGCAUGGCUGACGUUUUGAAGGGCUCGACCGGUCCUCCAAUAUGGAAGCGCUUUAAGCAAAAACUGGCUAGAACUUUAAAUCAAUGGCCGAAUUAUCUGGCUGGUUGAUUUUGUCUUUUUCCGCUGCUUCGGCCUGCUAGCCGUCGUUUUCGAAUUUUUGCGGCCUGCUGCGCUGCUUGUCGUCUUCUCAGUGGGGUCCGUUGCAGUUGUGGUCCCUUUCGGGUGAAUUUGUCCACGGGUCGUGUUUGGUCGAUGUUUCUAAGCUCCGUGUGACCGUCUUGUCCUGGCAAUGACGUAUGUAGUGAAGUUGCACUUUAGAGGUUUUAGGAAGGUCAAGACAACUGUUGACGGAGUUGGCGUCCGAGUAUCAAACCUCAAGUGUAAGACACACUGUCCUUUCCGUAUGCCGGCUUAAGAUGCUUGUUCCUUGAGAGUCAAAACUAUGCGAAGUUUCUCCGAUGGGAGUUGCAAACUGUGAGUCCGGGCCUAGGCUCUGAGUUACCGGUUUUUGCUCGUGUAGGCAGCUGUAUACUCAAAAUUCGAGACCUUUCGCGGUGACCAGACGGCGACGGACACACCAUAGGCAAAAAUGUUCCAGAACGCUCCCAACGGCUGACACAUCAUUGGCCGGAGUGUUUCAGAACGCACAGGGAGCAGUAUAAAUAAGGCAUCUUUCUGACGAGGAAAGAGCCCCGGUGUUUGCAGGUCGUCGAUAAAGCGUUUGUUUUCCGAACCGACUCUCUUUCUGUUCCAUCUAUUUGUUGGAUCAUAGCACAAAAUAUUAUACUAAUGAUUUGCGAUCGAUUUACGAGUUACUAGAGUCUGGGAAUUUUUAAGUGUCCUCAUUUGUUGAUGAAAUUCCGAAGGCGAUCUGCAAAAUUUGAAUGCGUACGACAGCUUGGCGGGUCCUCUGAAAUCACCCGUUUUCGUCUUGCGGCCCUUGGUCACGUGGUUUGCUGAUCGUAAGAUACGACGCUUACUACGUUCUAAGUAUGCUUAUGUAUGCACCUGAAUGCUUUUUACUUUGAAAACUGCCUUCCUAUCACUGACACGUUAUUAGUCAUCCCUGUCAUACAAUCCGGCCGUCCAUUGACUUCUGCUCUUUAGUCGUGUUGCGGCAUCGCACGCGCGCCCACACGUCAUUAUCUUCCAUGAACGGCGUUUAACCUUUGACUUGACUGCACUUUCUGUCUUUUGCUAUUAUUAAUUUAUAUCUUUUUAUUGCGUUGACCCCAUCGCCAAAGACGUUUGUGCAGAAACCCUAAUAACAAUGACUUGCGAAUCGAGACUCGCUGCUCGCGUCCCGCGCGCAACUGGCCUCUCCGUUUAGACAGGGAGAACACGAAGACGCUCUACAAUUGCUAGCCUGUCCAGAAACCUGUAAUAGUAAUGCAGGUUAUUGCGUUGUAGUGUAAGCUGCUUGCGAUUAUACGGCAACACCGCUGAACAGGUAGAGCGCCUCGCCGAAGGCCGACCGUCAUUACCGCUGUGAAGCUCUAUAACAACCCGCAUUACCACUACAGUUUUCUGACAGACUAGCAAUCAUAGAGCGUCUUCGUGUCCUGCGUGUUUGCUGCCGAAGCAUUUUUAGCAAUGGAGCCAAGGCAGUAAAGAGAUACACUAAUAUUAACAAUAGGCAGAAAGUACAGUCAAGACAGGCCUUACGCACUGUUCAUGGGGAGUAAUGACGUGCGGGGACGCGCGCGGUGCUGCAGCACGACAAAAGAGUGGCAGCCACUAGAUGGCCAGAUUGGAUAAGAGGGGUGACUAAUGACGUGCCAGAGAUAGAUAUCUCGAAAAAUCGCUAUUCCCAUUUUAUCUACCAGCUAUCAGUUGCAACGGGACUAACUGUCUGUCGACUUGAACAGCCCUACUUUUCGCAUCAUUCCUUGUCUAAAGUUUUGGAAAGGGCAUUAUCUCUUGUGUGUUUGGACUUUGCAAUAAUUGCAUGUUUUGCUCUCAUUAAUUGUUGCUCGACAUCAAGCUGGUCAUUGCGACAGAUGUGCACAUGUAGUGCUGAGAAGGCGCAUAGUUUUGGCCCCCGAAUACAUUGGUUAUAAAAGCAGAGAACUCGGAGGUGUCACGGGACACAAAAUAUCGAGAGGACACGUGUGCUUCACUCGCGUCUUUCUCUGUUGAUAGGUUCGGGUGAGAAUCUAAAACGCCGUCUAAAUAGGAUUCUUGUUCCUGCUAUCGCAUCUCCUCAACUACCUCCUGAAACUCGCGUGUUCAUUUCAAUCAGUACAUCCGGUUUAUUCCGACGGGGUCAGGUACUUAACAUAAUCUCCAACUUUCCAAUAGUUAAUAUAACAAUUUACAAAGACAGAUUAUAGGAAGAAAGGGAACCACGCAGUAAAAAAAACGUUUUUCACAAAACGAAGCCCAACCACUGGCUCCAGAAUUUGCGCCUAGUGCACCACUUCUUAUUUAUCUCAAAAACGCCCACCAUCUGUUCCGACUACUCAAUAUUCUUUACUCAUUCACUCGCUGUCAGAUGCGGCUGCGACAGCUCAGCGGUAGGGCGCCUGGCGCGGUUCGACCCCGUCCUGAAUCAGUAGUUUCCUUGCUGUGUUGGCUCCAACCUGUAAUCUUCACUAAUACUGUUAUUUUCUGGCUUUCGACAAGCCCAUCUGCUCCUUGCGGUCACAGUAAAUGCCGACUUUUAUUACCUCAGGCUUUUAG